AUGACAAGGAAGAUCUUCACCAACACCAGGGAGCGAUGGAGGCAGCAAAAUGUCAACAGCGCCUUUGCCAAGCUGAGGAAACUCAUUCCCACCCACCCGCCAGACAAAAAACUGAGCAAGAAUGAGACACUCCGGUUAGCUAUGAGAUACAUCAACUUCCUCGUCAAGGUCCUGGGAGAGCCAGGUCUGCAGCAGACGGCAGCGGCAGCACGGGGCAGCAUCCUGGGGUUCUUCCAGCAAGCCCCAUGCUUGCAAAGCAUGGAGGAGCUGACACUGAUGGAAAACUGUGGUGUCUCUUCUCCUGGCGUGAGCAGCAAUAUAGCAGAGUGCUGGUCAGAGACAUCAUCUCCCUAG